CUUCGGGCAAUGUCCAGAGGUUCACGAUGAAAGUAGUGUUGGCAUCGAUGUAUAUGAAGGUGUAGUGAAUGCAUCAUUUUCGUCAAAUAAUUUGUUUCGUGAAUUUAAUUAUAUUAUUGCAUCAAGGAUCGUCUUCUGCCAUUAAUCCAGAGAUAAGAAAAACACUUACAUCCAUUUGCAAUCACACCAUUAUCCAUCAUGCGUGUAGGAAUUAUUAAGGGGAACGGCAUCGGCCCGGAAAUCACCGCAGCCACACAGCGCGUUCUCGAAGCAACCGGAUUACCAUUUGAAUGGGAGGAUAUUCCAAUUGCCGGGGUGGCCAUACAAGCUCAUGACCACCCUCUCCCGCCAGAGACGGUGCAACGAUUGCGCGCCGCAAAGUACAACAUCAAAGCACCCCUCAUCGUCAACAAACUUGAAGGCCGCAUCACAUGCGUCCAACCGGAUGGGUCCGAAUUAACAUACCCGUCGCUUAAUAAUGCGAUCCGGCGUGAGCUAGGCUUAUUUGUCAAUCCGCGGCCGAUAAGAGGCUUCCCGGGAGUCUCCGGUCGCCAUGAGAGUCUUGACAUUGUGGUCAUGCGCGAGGUUACAGAGGAUGUAUAUAUCGGACAUGAGCAUAAGAUCGGCGACGAUAUCGCCGCGGAGGCCAUCAAACUAACUACGCGUGCCGCUGCUCUGAAGGUAGCGAAAUACUCAUUUGAGUAUGCUAGGAGAUUGGGACGCAAGCGCGUGACUUGCCUGCACAAGGCAAAUGUGCUGAAUUACACCGACGGUCUCUUCCUACGCUGCUUCCAGGAGACGAGUCGGGACUAUCCGGAGAUCCAGAGCGACGACAUGAUGAUUGAUGCGGCGUGCUACACGAUUGUACGUGAUCCGAAGCGCUUCGAUGUCAUCGUCACAGCAAACCAGUAUGGUGAUAUCUUCUCCGACUUGGCAGCCGGCCUGGCAGGGUCGCUUGGUUUAGCACCGGGGGCAAAUAUCGGCGACGGUGUUUGUGUUUUCGAGGCUAGUCACGGUGCUGCCCCGGAUAUUGCAGGGAAGGGUAUCGCGAACCCACUAGCUCUGGUUUUGAGCGGCGCGGAACUUCUAGACGAGACCGGGAACCACAAAGAAGCUACCGCCGUUCGGGAAGCGGUCCGAAAAGUGAUUGAGGCCAAGACGAGUUUGACUCCGGACUUGGGCGGAAGCGGAACGACAGAUUCCUUGGCUGCUGUGGUGUCUGAAGAGGUUAAGAAGAUACUCGCAUAGAUCUUAAGAAAAAUAUGUAGAUAUACCG